GCCGCGCUGCGCCUGCGCGCGCCUCGCGCCGGCCGCCCGCCCCUCCUAGCGCCUCCCAGCCACCCCGCCCCAGGCCGGGAGCCGGGAAAUGGGCGGCAAGGCCGCGCGGCGCGAGCCCGCGCCCCCUUCCAAUCAAUGCCGCUCGUCGCCCGCCCGCAGCUUCCCAUUGGCCAGCUCUCGCCGGAGGCGGGGAGAAGGGGGCCGGGCGUCUGCCUGCCUCUUGGCCAAUCGCCGGGCCCACCGCGCGCGCCCCUGGUUGCCCCUGGAAACCCAACAGCCGGCGUCUCGGAUCCGCCGCUCCCGCCGACCGGGAGGGAGAUGGACCGCAGCUCCGAGCACCGUGGGGGCCCCGGGGGGGAAGACGGAGAUGUGGCUAACCUGUCCCCCAAGCUGUCCGGGAUCAAGGCCACCUCUGGCCCCCACUCCCCGGCCGAACCGCCGGAGCCGGAGCCGGAGCCGGGGACCGUAGAGGCUCCGGAGGGAGGCGCCGCCGAGGACGAGCCCGCCGAGCCCCGCGAAGGGCCGGCGGCCACGGAGGCUGUGGACCAGGCGGCACCCGGGGAGCCGGAGCCGCCGGCCGAGGCUGAGACUGAGCCGGAACCCGGGGAGCCGGCCGACGCUGGGCCUGAGGAGACAGCCCAGCCGGGGCCCGAAGGCGGGUCCGCGGAAGCGGAGGAGAGGGCGGAGGAGGAGAGGGAGGAGGCGCAGGAGGGGGAGGAGGCGGAGGGGUCGGAGGGGUCGGAGGAGGGAGAGGAGGCCGCGGCAGCGGCGGGCAAGGCGAGGAGGAAGAAAGCCCCCUCGGCGGUCUCUGUGCCGCUGUCCACCACCGGCCAGGAGAAAGCUGCGCCAACCCGGGAGGCUGCGCAGGAGGACGGGGAGAAGGAGGAGGAGAGCGAGGAAAUCAAGGGGAGGGGUGUGCAAGGAAGCCCGGUGAAAAGCAAGGAAAAGGAGGAAGGUGAGAGACUGGACGAGGGGGAGGAUGAAUGGACCGAGGAGAUGAAGAAGCUGCAGGAGCACCAGCUGCGCGCUGAGCUCCUGGAACAGUACCAGUCGCUGGUGGUGGAGCGCAGCAACUACCAGCGUUACAACAUCUACCUGCAGCACAAGAUCUCCGAGGCGCUGCGCAAGAAGAAGGGCCUGGAUGCCACCGAGGUGCCCGACAAGGGCAUGGAGCCCGAGGCCCCAGAGAAAGAGCAAGCAUACCUCCGCCAUCUGGCCUUGCUGGAGGAGCUGAGGAAGCAACAGGCAGACGACCUGGACUGGUAUCACCAGGAGCUGAACCAGCUGAAGAAGCAGUGCAAGGAGGUGCUCUCCAGCGUGGAGAAGGAAUGGACAAGCUUCCAGGCGCUCAAGAAGCAGGUGGUGAUGCAGGCCAUGGGCAGCUGUCAGAUGCGCGGCGGUCGCCAGGCUGCACUGCGAGAGGUGGAGCAGAUCCAGGCGCUGGAGGACAAGAAGGAGAAGGAGAUGAGUGCCGUGAGGCUUGAGAACGUGCAGCUAAAGCAGAGCUUGGUGCAUUUUGAAACACGGAUGAGGGCCCAGGAGGACCUGACGGAGGGGCUGCUCCUCAUCGAUUUUGAACAGCUGAAGAUUGAGAACCAGACCUUCAAUGAGAAAGUGGAGGAGCGAAACGAGGAACUUUUAAAACUGCACAACAAGGUGACCAACAACGUGCAAAUAAUAACCCACGUGAAAGAGAAGUUACACUUCGUGGACAUAGAAAACGUGUGCAAAAAGACACAGCUUUUGGAAAUUGAGGCUCAGGUGGCCCUGAGGAGGGACAUCCUGACCAGGACGAAGCAGGUCCGGGACAGCCUGCGGGCUGACAACAUCAAGCUGAAUCAGAAGUGCGGGCUUCUGGGCAAGGAGCUACUCCUUCGGGACAUGGAAGAGAAGGUAGACAGGACAGAAGUGCUCAACCAGCGCAUAGAGUACCUGAAGCGCCAUCAUGCUGGGCUUACUAUGUCCUGCAGAGGUGUGAAGCAGAAGAUCAGGGAGGCCAAAGCCUUCCUCCCACCUUAACACCCACGAUAGGAAGAGUCAGCAGAACGUCUUUGAUCUCAGCAACUUUUAUCCUUCGUUAACUUUUAUUCUCCACUUGCGGCCAUUCUUUCAAAGUCCUACAGUGUGGGGAUGAUGCUGUAUUUUGUAUUGAUCCCAUCAUUUUCAGCUCCUAAAUUAGUCCUGAGCAAAAUUGGGCUAGCCGUCAGUUUUACACGGGGUGAAGUAAAACAGGCCCAAAGAAACAGCUGUGAUGACUUAAUGUACCUGACUUCUAGAAGCCUUGGUGUAGCUGAGCAAUUCCGUCAUUUCAAUGAUCUGAUCCUGAGGAAAACUGUUCCUCGUCCAUACAUCAGAGGGUUCAACAAACAGGCACGGAACCAAGAAAUGUCCUGUGCAUUAAGCUAAUUAUUAAGUCUCCUUUGAAUGUAUUAAACUGUGUAGUUCUAAGUCACAUCCUCAACUCAAAGCUCACUAGUUUCCUUCGAUGAAUCUAAACUUGUUUUGUUUGUAAGUAGCACUGGCUUCUGGGUAAUAAACAAGAUGAGGGAAACGAGAGAAAUGAUAAAUAGGAAAAGGAGCUGAGGUUCUUCUGUCCUCUUUCCUUUUUCCACGAGAGGAGGCUCGGUCUGCUUGACCAUUAGCGCUUGCUUCUGGCUCAAUGACAGUCUGCAAUUCUAAUGAAACGUUUUCUGGGAUCCUCUCAAGAAACGCAAUUAUCUAUACGUAAACAUGAAACUUUGUUGUCCGUAAGUCUUUUGUUCUUGGCAAGGUAUUUUUGGAUCUUGGCAAGAGGACCCUCACUAUGCAUGUGAUUUUACUCUGUAUCAAAUAUUAAAGUGCCUACUACUCCUUGUGUUAAUGUGAGAAACACCUGAUAGGUCUACCUCUUUCAUCCAGAAUCAGUGAUUCCAUUUCCAGUUUUCUUUGGUGCUUUUGGAGCUAGGGGCUUGGCUUUAUUUCUUUUUAGCUUUCAGUGGAAUUUUGAGUUGGGCAGAUUUGGGAUUAGAAGUAUUCUCCCAUCCCUAAGCUUAAGUAGGUCGUAAGGAGGAUGAGCUAGUUUUGGGUGCCGAACACCUGUAAAGAAGGAUAGAAACCCCUCUCCGGGCCGAUGACGCAGUUCGUCGUGAGAAGGUCACGAUGACUUUAGCUUUUGGGGGUGCGAUUGUUUUCUAAGGUGUGUGCCCUUUGAAGCCAAUAAAGGCUGAUUAAAAUCCCUUUUCUAACUUUUACAGCUUGGACACACUCUUUUAUAGGAUCAUACUUGUCACACCGCACACACGUAACAAUGAGGGGAGUUUUUAAAAAGCAUUCACUUCCUGCUUCCUCUUCCAUCCUCCUCAUCCUUUACACUUGUCUUCCCUCUACCCUGUUCAUCAAGGCCAAAGCGACGUAGCAAAUCACCAGCAAGCAGCCCUUCGUGUUCUUUGUGCCUCCUGCAGGAGCGGCACAGACCCACCGGGGUCUCCGGCGGUUGGGAAGGCUUCGGACUGAACCUGGCGUCGUGCUCGGUGGCUCCCCGCAGCUAGCAGUUUUCAUGGCCACAGUGCCUGUCCCUUGGGCUCACUAGCGGGAGAGGAGGUAUUUUCAGCGGACUCGGACCCACCGGCAGUUACGCAGGCCUCACCAAGCCCUCCCUCGGCAGCCUGGAGCUGGGCAGACCGGCCUCUCGAGGGCACGAGAUACAGAGACUGACGAAGCUGGCAUUGCUCUCAGCUGUUAAGUUACCAGUGUUCUCCCAAAUUACCUUCUCCCACGCUAGAGAUGUUACAGUUCAUUAGAAGAUAAAUAAUCUUCUGUUGAUGACUUCACAACGAGGUUCCUUCUAAUUAAAUUACAGGAGAGCUCUUGAUCAUGAAACAGCAACCCCUUCACGAAGUGCUUCUUCAGCUCGCCUCUGAGGAAGAAGGCCAUAGACCCUCCAGUCUUGCUGACGGGCCCCAUCGCAGCCUCUGACCCACUGCUCUGUGACUGUGUGCGUAGUCCUCUGGGCCCCGGGGAGACAGAGGUCUGGGAGGCGAGGACAGUCAUCCUCCCUCGGAGCCCGCACGAUGCCUACCUAGCCCAUAAUCGAUGCUCUGUAAUCUGUUGGAUUAUUAACACAUCAACAUCAUAGCAUUCUCAUUUUCUGGCAAAAGUGUUGCUCGAAUGCCUAGAAUAGGCAGACGCUGCUAGUCCUGUAUCAGACUCGAGAAAUAACCACAGGCAGAAAGAGGUUUCCAGAACUAGAACCGAUGAGGAAAAUGACGGUCCAUUCUAGAGAGACCGCCUCCAGGGAGCCUGCCUGCCUCUAGAAGAUAAAGAGGGGCGGCGGCGGCUCGACUCGAGACCUCUGACGUCUCGUCAAAAGAGAGGGCCUGCAGAACGCAGGUACAGUGCAACCUGAGCUGUUACAGGACAUGACUUCUUGUGGGUCGGAGUUGGAAGUGUCCCCUUCGUGUCACAGGCGCUUGUGUGGCUGGGAAGCACGGGCAGGAGGGAAUCGGGCACCAGCUGCGUGGAGCCCAAGGCAUCGAAAAGGGAACACUUUUCAUUGGUAGCUGGAUGUCAUUUCUGGCGGCUUACCGCAUUUGAGAUUUUUAAAUGACGUAAGUGGAGAAACAUGCUUUCUUUUUUUGUUAAGUGGGUCUGAAGCCAUAAUUUAGAUGUUUGCCAAUCGUCGGGGAUGCCUGUCUGAUAAAAUCAUAGCAGAGUUAAUGAGCCCCGAUCUGCAACUUGGGUUUUAAACUCGAAGACCAUCUUCAUGUGAGAAGGAUGAGUCAUGCAAGGGGCAUGAUCGGGAAGGACUCCGGGGGGCCCUGCGGCUGAGCUGAGCGGCUGGUGGGGGCCGCAGGCUGGGUACCGCUCCUGGUCCACACCUCCUGCUUGCCCACCGUAACCCUGUCUACACAGGCGUGGGUUUGAAUGAAUACACCUCCACCUGCCCCAGCUUUUUACCUGAGGCAGGCUUCUAAUAUUUCACCCAAAGGAUGCCAAGGUUGAGUACAAAGGUGCACCUAGGAGGAAGACACAGCGUCGCACUUGCAAAUAAGGGCUUUGGAAUCAGGCUGACCUGGAUUCCAUAUCUCUUCUGUUUGUGACCUGGGCCAACAGUCCACCUCUCUAAACCUCAAUGUGCUCCCCCAUAAAAUGGGGGAAAAAUUUAUAAAAGUCAUUAUACGAAAAAAGUAUCUCUUCCGUAGGUGGUGAAAUUAGGAUUUUUAUUUUUUGUAUUUCCAAAUUGUAUACAAUGAACAUGCAAUUUUAAUAACGGGGGAAAUACCGAUUUUUAAAAUCCCCAAAUUCCCCCCAAGAGUUCAGAUACUAAAAGUUUACGUGUCAAGAGCAUGAUUCUAUCUCUGCUGAUGGGUUUCUUUUAAUGACACAAUUAAUUCAGCAACCUAUUUUAAUCCUCACAAGCCAGUGGACAGAUGCUGGUGCCCUUUUUAAGCUCUGGUUACAGAAAAGAAACAUGAGGCUCAGAGCAUUUAAAGACUCCUGACCUGACCUCUAACUAAACGACACCUGAAACAGGAGCUGUUUUUGGCUGGAGCAGCUUCUCCCGGGAGCUCGGGAGCGGGGUCGAGAAGCCGCAGGAACGAUGUCUAGGCACCGAGAGACGGGGCGGGGGGCGCGGGCAGGGGUGCCGGUAACUCGUGCUGUCCGGGGGUCAAGACUACUGCCCCUCCCUCCACAGGCUCAGGCAUUCUGGGAGAAGGGGCCUUGGUGCGGCCGGGCCCCGCGGAGCAGCAACCUUCUAGAGCCGGCUGGCUGCAGGCGGUGCUCAUGGAGGAGCCCGGGCUCCUGAGCCAGCCCCGCGCUCCCGGCCUCUCGGGAGGACCCGGGCACGGCGAGCUCCUGCGUGGGCCCCGACUGAGGACUUGCCGCGGCUCUGCUGGCCACGCACGCCCUUCCUCUGAUGACCAGGGGCUCCUCUCAGGUCCCACGCAGUCCCUGCCCUGUACGGGGGCAGAAUCUCGUUCCGUCUCUGGGCCUUGGUGGCAGGCUCCACAUGCCGGGUGGUGGUUUUUGAACCGUCAGCCCCCUGGCUUCUCUUGGGAAAACGGUCCACAGCUUCCACCGCAAGCCUGGUGCAACCCAAGGCCGUGCCCGAGCCGGCCGUCGGGCGUGGGCCGGUGCCUCGCACACAGGCCCUCGGGUGAGUGAAUCCAGGCCUCGCCCCAAACCCUGCACUGGGGAGUUGAGGUCAGAGCGAGAGGAGCAAGGCUUCCAAAGGCCGCAGAGCAAAUCUGUUCCCUGGGGAGACGGGCAGCAAGGGCUCAGGGGCCCCAGGGAAAGGGUGUGAACCCCAGCCCCGCUGCUAACUGGCCGCAGGAGCCCAAGCAGAUCGGCUUUCUGCGUCACACCUUUGGAAUGGGGACAGUGACAGAGCUGCUGCGGAGAGAAAUGAGGCCAUUCACAGAACGCGGCCUGGGGCCGGGCGUGGGUGCGGCGGGCAGCAAGCCCCGGGACACGACGGCCGUCCAGCACGGCCACCCUCGUCGGCCACAGCACCCCCCGGCCUGGGCCAGGUGGAGAAAAGGUAACAGUGGAGCGGAGCAGCCAUGGGAUCCCCUGGUGAGAAGAUGGGAGCCUGGUGCUGGGGGCCGAAGACACGGGAGCGAACACCCUGACCAGAGCCGCGCCGUCUCUGGGGGAGAGAAGCGGGGGGAGCAGUCACAGGGCGGAGGGUGGUGGCCCAGCGCAGGCCGUCAGCCUCGCUGCCACGGGAGGGCCAGCACCGUCUUGUUCCUGCAGGUCAAGAAGGGAUUCUCCUGGGGGACCAGGGACAAGAGAGGUGGCAGCCCUGACAGCCCCCCACCUUCUGGCUGGGCCGCCUGCCCUCGGCCGAACGGCUGGCGUCACACGUGAGCACCCGCUCUGACCGGCGCCAAGUGACCUCUCGGGCUGCGUCCUGCUCACCGUCACCGUGGCGGGGUGGCUGGACUGACCUCCACCCCGGAGCCGGCAACGGAGGUGCCCAUGGUCCCCCGCAGGCUGGUGGGGGGCCUACAGGGCAGCACCUGGCCGACCAGGCCCUGAGCAAGUGCCCGGGUGAGUGUGCAGCCCAGCAGCUGGCUCAGGGUGAGCGCGGGCUCACUGCUGCGAUCGGGGACAGGAAUGGGGUCAGCGAGUCUGAGGUUCCCCUUGGGCGUGCAAGGGCCACGCUGAACUCCCAAAUCCCGGUACCAAAUUAACAUAACCACACCUUUUUUAUUUAACGAGCAGAACAAGUGGGUUUCAAAAUGUGAUGCUCGGGGCGCCUGGGGGCUCAGUCGGUGAAGCGUCUGCCUUCAGCUCAGGUCAUGAUCCCAGGGUCCUGGGAUCGAGCCCCGCGUCGGGCUCCCUGCUCGGUGGGGAGCCUGCUUCUCCCUCUCCCUCUCGCUUUGGGCUCUCUCGCACACGCA